AUGGAUGCUGUACAAAAGCAAGUUACGACACUCAAAACAAGUGAUCAAAAAACAUGUAUAAAUGGAUCUCACAUGGUUGGAGUAUUUGAAAUGCUACAAUCUUUACGCAAAGAUAAAGUGUUAUGUGAUAUCGAGUUGAAAACAGAUGAUGGUACAAUAGUAUUUGCACAUAAAAAUGUUUUAGUAUCAGCUAGUCCAUAUUUUCAUAAAAUGUUCACUACUCUUGAUGAAUGCAAUACAAAUCUUGUUAAUAUAACAGAGUUAGAUUCCACUGUUUUACAACUUAUGAUAAAUUAUAUUUAUACUGGCGAAAUCUUGGUCACCAAAAAAAAUGUAAAGAUUCUGUUAGCAGCUGCAAAUCACCUACAGUUAGGUUAUGUAAAAAGUGUAUGUGCUGAGUUUUUACAAUCACAAAUGGAUCCUUCAAAUUGUUUUGGCAUCAAAGCAUUUGCUAACUUACAUGACUGUACGGAAUUGUUAUCAAGUUCUGAAGAAUAUAUUAAAAAACAGUUUUUAGAAGUGGUUAAAUAUGAUGAGUUUUUAUCUCUAUCUUCUGUUGAAGUGAUUAAGCUCAUUUCCUGUGAUGACAUUGCUGCCCCAAUAGAAGAAAAA